AGGAGUCGGCACAGCUCGUGUUUGCAUUUCCAGCCGUAAAAAUGCUCCGAGGUGCUGGGCGACUGCUUAUUGGAUCAGGCAGGAAGGAAGGCAGCGAUGAGGUUCAGUAAAGGCAUACUGACUUACUAACCGGAUCUCCUCUAAGACGCCGCACUGGAGACGGAGAGGAGCAGCAGGAGUGAGGGAGAGAGGGAUCGAGCAAGCGCAAAGGAGAAACAGAGUAAGAGAGAGAAUAGGGCAGAGAGAGCACGGCAGAAAGGGGGAAAAGAGAGCACGCUGAGAGGAGGAGAGAGUCGCAGGAGGAAGGAGGAGAAUGCUCGGCGUCUGGGCAACACUUCCACGCUUGUGUCCAGGGCCUUUGUGAAUACACCAUGGGAUGCAUCGGCUCCAGGAGACUGACAGUGGAUGGUGUGCCAGUCCAAAAGGAUGGGGAGCAGCUGUCCAUGGAAGACACCACAUCAAUCCUGCCUCGGCUCAAGAGGAACUCAAAUGCCUAUGGCAUCGGGGCUCUGGCUAAGUCUUCUCUGUCAGGUGUGUCAGGAGUGACCCGCACCAUGAAAGAAAGAGUAACCAAACCCACGGCCAUGGCCCAGGGGCGCGUCGCGCACAUGAUCGAGUGGCAAAACUGGGGCAUGCAGACGGUUGGCUCAGGGGGUGUCCCUCAAUCCCGCAUCAGCACCCAGGAGCGUGAAAAAGAGAGGCGGCUGGAAAACGACGCCUACAGCGACCUCAGCGACGGCGAGAAGGAGGCGCGUUUUGCUGCAGGCAUACUGCAGCAGUUUGCAAUCUCCGAGGCAACACUCCUGGCGUGGUCCUCGAUGGAUGGUGAGAGUCCACGGUCGGGUUCAAACCAGGGCAGCGUAGCUCACCUUAGCGAGGUCAACCAGGAGAGCAUCACAAGUCGAGAUCAGAUAUUACACCAUUCCUCUGCUGACGUGUGGCCCCACACGUAUGUCUCCCAGGGCCAUUACUGCCUCUCAUCGUCUGAUGCAUGGGAGCCGACCAACAACGACCCCUCCAGCGGCGUGGCGUCUGCCCCCGCAGGCUCUUACAUCAUGGGGACGGAGGGAUACGACGGGCAGGCUCACUUCCUGCCUCAGCAGCAGCAGCAGCAGCAGCAGCAGUUCAGCCUCCAGCAACAGACUCAGCUGCAGCAGCUCCAGCAGCUUCAGCAGCUCCAGCACUACCAGCAACAGCAGCUCAUGCAGUAUCAGCAACAACAGGCUCUGGAGCACAGGAUGCACAGCGCCAACCACUCCUUACAAGCGACGCCCAACAGCACCAUCCACAGUCUGGUUCACCAGGUUCACCCCCCUCUGGUGGAUCUGUGGAACAUGGGUCAGUUGGAGGCCUAUCAGGCAGAAGCCGGAGGCUACAUGGGCGUAGCGGCGGUGGUGGAGCCGAGCCUGUGUAUCCCCCCCGGGGAGGACAUGGUGGGGGCUGAUCACUCCCCGUUACUGGAGCAGCAGGAGGAGGAGGAGCAGGUCAAGGAGGAAGACAUCAUGUUGUCCAUGGAGCCAGACUCGGCCACAUUGACUCCGCCCACUCAGCAGGGGGAUGCCUCAGGUGGCAGUAGUCCGGGGCAACCACCUGCAGAACCAGUCACAGAGCGGAAGGCCUCCGAUGUCACCUCUGGCCUCAUUCAGACUCUAGAGGAAAAAGAAGAGGAGGAAGAGGAGGAGGGGCCAUCUACCUCCAUGGCAACCAAUUGAAAACCUCCCAAUUCACAAACUGACCUGUCAGUCAGCGAGGAACGAGCAGUACGUUUAAUAAUCUGUUCCUUUUUCAGGUAUCAAAAACUUUUUGGUCGGGGUUCCUUCAAAAUGGCGAGCAUCAGAUUUCAACAAAGACUCACAGCGAGACACGAGCUCGUGCAACAAUGGACACCUUUUUUUUUGUAAGCCUUACAUCCCAAAGGAGUGAAAAAAGUAGAUUGAGAGCAGAGAAGAGGAGGAGGAGGAGGAGGAGCACCAACUGACUCAAGCAUUUCCAUGGGGAGGUAGAAACAAGACCGUGAUGAAGAGGAGGGGAAAGAAACAUGCAUGCUCUUUUUAAAAACAAGCACCUCGGUCCAGUCAUCGUCUUAUAACUGAUAAAAAGUGAACAUACGUCCACACGAUAAGAACUGUUUUGUAAUAAAGCAAAAAAAAA